AUGAGCCAAUAUCUCAACGUACCAAAGUCCGAACUGGACCAAUCUCAGAUCCGAGAGCUCGAGCAGUACGAGAUCUCCCAAGGUCCCCUUUCUGUGCUACAGCAAUCUGUUCGCAACCACACCCAGAUCCUUAUCGCACUUCGCAACAACAAGAAACUCCUCGCAAGAGUCAAGGCCUUUGACCGUCACUCGAACAUGGUUCUCGAGAACGUCAAGGAGAUGUGGACCGAGGUGCCCAAGGGUAAGGGAAAGAAGCCCGUCAACAAGGACCGCUUCAUCUCCAAGAUGUUCCUUCGCGGCGACUCGGUCGUUCUCGUCCUACGAAACACUGCUUAG